ACCGAGUAUUAAAAAAGUAUUAGAAGAAUUCAAAAAAAUGGGUUUUGGAAUCGAUGAUGAAGAUGAAGAUAAUUCAACUUAUGAGUAUUCGGCUCCUAUAGAAACCGAAAUAAGUAUUAAAAAUAUUUCGGCUGAAGAACAAACAAAUGAAUUAAAUCGACUUUUAGAUACGCAUGAUGAUUUAAUUAAAUAUUCAAAUAUUCGAUAUUUUAAAAGAGUAAAUGCGUUUUCAAAUUUUACAUAUAAUUAUUGGAAUGUUAGGAUCGGUUCAAAAUGUCUGACUUCUGUAAACAGCUAUGGAGAAAUUUCAAGAUAUUCCAUUUUAAUUUUGAAAAAGCCUAAUUUAUGA